UUUGCCCAAUCCAGUCAACAAUUAAUUUAGAUUUUUUUCUAUGAGUCAUACAUUUAAAAUGGAAAAAUAAAUUUUGGGUGAUUUGACAACUAAAAUCUUAACUUUAAGGAGUAAAAAGUAUGUGGUAAUUUACAUAAACAGAUUAUUUUCUCCACAAGUCAAAUGUCUUGACAUUUAUUUUCACAAAUAUCCAUAUAUACAGUUCAUAUUCAUUCACCUUCAUUUGUAUUCCAACAAUUCCUUGAUUAGUCUUGUGCUUUUUUUUUUCUGUUAAUAAUAAUUCCUUAGUUAAUACUUAAUCACGGGCCGGAACCAAUGCUUUUCAGAGACAUUUGACAAUAAACGGAUUCUAUUACUUAGACUUGAGGUAACAUGAGUAAACAAACCGGAAUAGAACAUCGUAUAAGGAACAAAUAGUAUAUCACAUCUUAACUUAUUCCACAUAUUCUUUACCUUUUAAUGAGUACCACCAUAUCAUUCAUGCCUCAAUGACAUCAAUAGUGAUGUCACGUUGAUAAUAGACUAACAGGGUUUAAAUCAAAACAUGUUUGUCAUUAUCUCUCUCUCUCCCUCAAUUUGUAGAUUGAAUAAAACUAAAACUUCAAGAAAACGACUUUUGAGUUCUCAAACGAUGAAUCCACCAAAAGCAAUCUUCAUGCUCUUCCUCUCCAUCUUCUUCUUCUUAGAUUAUGUCUCUGCUCAAUCUCCUCCUCCUCCUCCUUUUCUGUACGCAGCCAACGGCCUCUUUCAGCCGAGUUUAGCCAUCAUCACCGGAGUGUUCUCCAUCGUCUUCACACUCACCUUCGUUCUCCUCAUCUACGCCAAAUGCUUCCACAACGACCUCAGAUCGGAGACCUACGAAGACGGAGAGAUAGGACGACUAGAUCGUCUAUGGCAAGGACUCUUCAGCCAAUCUUCUCGAUUCUCAGGUCUCGACAAAGCAGCAAUCGAAUCUCUUCCCUUUUUCAGAUUCUCUGCUUUGAAAGGAUCGAAACAAGGUCUUGAAUGUUCUGUUUGUUUGUCUAAAUUCGAAGAUGUUGAGAUUCUUAGGCUUCUGCCUAAAUGCAAACACGCUUUUCAUAUAGAGUGUAUUGAUGAGUGGCUUGAGCAGCACGCUACGUGUCCUUUGUGUAGAAACAGAGUCUCCAUUGAGGACGAGCUCUCUGUUUUUGGUGGUGGUAGUAACAAUAGUAUGAGAAUCAUGAGUCAGUUAUCUGAGUCUAGAGAAGAAGAAUCGAGCAUGGAGAUUUACAUCGAACGCGAAGAAGGAAUCAGAGAUGGCUCUUCGAGAUUCAGCAGCUUCCGGAAGAUACUCAACUUUGGUAAAAACGAUAACUCGUUGUCGCUUGUGGAACAAGGCAACGAGAAAUGUCUGCACAAGUUCAAUCACAGGAUCGUUGUUUCAGAUGCUGUGUUUAAGAACCGUUGGAGUAAUGUGACUCCAGCUGAUUUGACCUUUUUGACAUCGAACAUGUUGAGUUCGAUGUCAAGCGACAGAUUCUCGUCCAUUGAUCGAGUGGAGAGAGGUGACUUGCGUGACAAGGAAGAUAUUGAUAUGAAGAGAAUGGUUAGUAACAAAGAUUCUACUAGAAGAGUGGUUUCUGAGAUCACCGCUGUUCCUAGACUCAGCGGUAUGGACGCUUCUACAGCUUCUACGUCGAGGAGUGAUGUGAUUGCUGCGGUGGAGGAAAGAAGAAGAAGGUUGUGGUUGCCGAUUGCUAGAAAGACGGCUCAGUGGUUUGUUAACAGAGAGAAAAAGAAUGAACUAAAAACGACGGGACAAGAUCUGAACGUUUAGUUUUUUUUUUUUUAAUAAAAAAGGUCAUUGACAAUUUGAAGUUAUUUUUACAGAGAUAGUUAAGUUUGCUGAAUAAAAUUAGGUUAAAUGCUUGGUGUUUAUGUCUUUGUGUACAUACAUUGUGGAUUGAUUAUGAACAAAGUUUUGGCCAAUGGUGAUAUACAUUUAUUAAAUUGGAUUUAUUUGAUUUUUGAGUAGUAUACAUAUAUAUUACAGAACACAGGCGAAAACUUAGUGAUACACAUUUGUCUGAUAAUAUCUUUGUGUAGAUAACUAGACACACCUGUCGGAAUUAUUUUGUAGGAUUUCCGAGUAAAUAGUAUAAGUAAGUAGUAUACUUAUUUUUAAAUAUUUUAAAUGUGAAGACUACUACUAUUGUUAGAAAACAUGUCAGACACUAAGUUUCCAUACGUUUAGUUUUUAAU